AUGUUCGCGAUUGGCAUUCAAAAUAGCUUGACGCAUGUACUAAACCAUCAUAACCUCGAAACAGUUGCAAUGUUGAAACCAAGUGCGGAGUAUAGCCGAAGAGCCGCGAUUGUCGAAAGUGUUCGCGCCGGGCGCUCGGUGACAGAAACCAUUCGGUUCUUCGGGUAUCCGAGAUCAACUGUGUACGAUGUCAUCGCAAAGUACCAUGAGUCGGAGAAGUCCAACAAAGGUUCUGCAACACCGGCGAGGAAAAUCCACUCGAAGGAGCGCGUUGUCAGGACGCCCGACAUCAUUCAACGGGCUCAGGAGCUGAUUUUUGAGGAUUCAGGGCAGUCGAUCCGAAAAUUGUCGUCGGUUGUUGGUGUGAGCGAGAAAACUAUGCGUCGAAUCGUCGAGGAGGAUCUUCGCUACAAUUCUUACACAAUUAAAGUGAGACAGAUGCUUUCCGAAGCCGCUAGGACAAAGCGAGUUGAACGCUGCAACCUGCUUUUGUGUUCCUUAAAACACAAUGCUGCCGGACGACUCAAGUUUUUUUCUGACGAGAAAAUUUUUACUGUGGAUGCGAAAAUCAAUCAAAGGAAUGACCACUGGCUCGCCCACAACCCUGAAGAUGUCCCCAUUGCAAGAACGAAAUUCCCGGCGAAUGUUCACGUGCUAGGUGUUGUGUCCAGUGAGGGUGACGUUAUGUCACCGUAUUUUUUUAACAAAGGGGAAAAUGUCACAAAAGAAGUUUAUUUGCGUGUUCUGACAAAUGUAGUGAAGCCGUGGAUAGAAACUGUGUCGUCUGGAAAGCCAUAUGUUUUCCAGCAGAACGGUGCGCCCGCCCACACAAGUCAUUUGGUGCAAAAUUGGUUGUCGGACAACGUCGAAAUGUUUUGGUCGAAAGAAUUCUGGCCUCCCAACAGCCCAGAUUUGAAUCCUUUGGACUUCUACGUAUGGGAUGUGGUUGAAAGGGUCACAAACAAGUCCAGACAUCCAAACGUCGCAUCAUUGAGAGCCGCAAUUGAAACGGCAUUCACCGAUAUGGACCGUGACAUAUUAAAGCGUGCCUGCGCACGCUUCAGACCGAGAAUGGAGGCGGUCAUUCAAGCAAACGGGGGAUAUAUUGAAUGA